GAAUUAAGAAGGCCCCAGGACCGGAGUGAGAGCAGUGGAGAUUGACGGCCAGAGCGGCAACGCCGGCCUUUUGCCUUCUCGCCAAACGGCUGCUCUGUUUAAAGGCGUCAGUUCCGAUUCCUGGUGGGCAGGCUAAAGGAGGGAAGGAUGGUAAAAGGGGACAACGAGGUCGCGCCCGAGCCCGAAUUCCCAGAACAGUUCCGUUCCUACUCGGAGAACGAAAAACACUGGCAAGCGCGGCGCGCUUUCAUCCUGCGCAAUAACCCGCUGGAGGGCGGGGAGGCUCCCACUCCGCUGUGUAUGGACCAGCUGCUUUCCCUCUCCAUGGUUUGGGCCAAUCAUCUCUUCCUGGGAUGCAGCUAUAGCAAAGAUCUAUUGGAGAAGGUGACAGAAAUGGCAAAUGGAAUUGAAGUUGAAGAUGUGCCACAUUUCACAACUCGUGAUGAAUUAAUCAAAAGAAUCAACACUAGUGCCUAGGAGAAGAAAUGCCAGGCUUUUGUUCUACUACACAAUCUGUUUAUAUUGAAGACUGAUCUGGAUACUUCAAGCAUCGCUUCUGAGAUGCAUUUUAGAUUAGACUGUUUUUAUACUGGAUGCUUAGAAAUUAUGUACAGAUUUUGAUUAAUAAAGAGUGAAGAAAAGAAAACUAGUACUUACGUUUAUUUAUCAUUAGAUACUCUGUCCCCCAAACACCAGCCCUUCAGAAAACAUGUUUAAAUCUGAUGUGACAUUUCCUAAGGUAUUAGUUAUAUGGUAUGAAUACAGAAGUAACAAAAUCCCAUGAAAAAUAAAUGGGAAUAAUAGAAACGAAUGUACAGUCAUGAAAAAUUGCUGGAUGUAAGAAAUAAAUGUUUUUUUUAAAAAAACAAA